AGUUCAUCUGAGAUCCGCUGCUUCACUCGGCUGCUUCUAACGGAACUCACGGUUGCGCUGUGUUUGAAGAUGGCGGCUCCCAGCUUUUGUCGCCUCUUAGCUCUGCUCCUCAUCACACUGUCCCACACCUUGUACAGCUCUGAGAUCCCAUCUGAAAAUGCCAAACGGAGUCUGGCCCUGUCUUCCACCUCUGACUCCAAGCAAGACCAUGACAUGGGACUUCUGGGCGGCAGCCAACGACGGAGACACUGGUCAGGGAAAGACAGGGAUAGUGUUGUGCUUCACUCUCAAAGGCCACUGGAUCGACCGGAGGAUGAUGGGACAAGUCUGGAGGGUCUAAGCCCUGUAAGGCUGGAGAUAGGGCCCGGGGACAGUAUGAGGACGGAGGUUCAUGAGGAGGUCAGGGGUCCUGCUCAUAUGCGGCGGGGAAAUCAUCCACCGGAGGGAGAGUUCAAUCGUAAAGGCAGGAGACAUGGCCACGGGCAUCAGGCUGAUCACAGAAAACAGGGAGGCAAAAGAGACAAAGGUCGAGCUAAAGGGGAUCUCUAUGACCCUGAACCUGAAUUAGGCUCCUUGUUGAAGGAUAUGAAUGCAUUUGAGGAUGAUUUUUUCACCUCCCCGUCCAAUCACGACAAUGCCCCACUCACUGAAGCUCCCUCCCGUCUCUUCCCCAUUUUGGUAACCACGGCAAUCAACGAGCAUCCCCCAACACUGUCCCCAGCCUCCACCAAACCCCAGAAGCCGGCUCGAGGGAAGGCUCAAGGGGAGGUGAUGCCGACUCUGGACAUGGCUCUCUUUGACUGGACUGAUUAUGAGGAUAUGAAGCCUGUAGACACUUGGCCAUCCAACAAAAGAAAAGAUAAACGUCGUGGCAAAAACAAGAGUAAUGGGAACGCAACACUUGAUGCUGAUGUCAUUGACCCAUGUGACCAUCAUCUCGACUGCCUCCCUGGUCUGCGUUGUUAUGCCAAGUUCCACCGCAAGCGGAGGGUGACCCGAAGACGGGGCCGCUGUGUGGAGCCAGAAUCAGCCAACAGCAACCAAGGAGCCUUCAUCACCAUCUGACAUAUAGAGAGAUACCCCAUGACUGAUGAUGGACUGAGCUUUGAAGAAUGUGGGUCAAAGUUAAAUGUCCUCAGCCCACAGAAAAAAUUUACAUACACUGUUCAUCUGCCUGUCAGGGUUCUGCACCAUUCAGAAUUAAAUAUAGAAUGGCUUUUAAAUUCUUGGAUUUGAAUUGAGGUAGCAAUCAGGAUACAGAAUUAAUUUGAAACAGGAAGUAGAAUUGUAUUUUUCAGUUUGAAUUAAUCAUAAACGUUAUCACACACUCAACAUAUGGGAUAUUUCUAGAAACACUAGAUGAUAUUAAUAAUAAAAUGUUUGAAAUGCCAUAUAAUCAAAUUAUGUUUUUGGACCAUGGAAUUAAUCAAAGCCACCUAAUGGACCACUGAAU